GACGACACAUAAUCGAAUGUACAAGCUUCCUCAACGUGUCAAUCGAACCAAUUCCCAUUCCCCCAACCCAAUCCCCAAACUCCAACUACAAAAGCCACUUCCCAAAACGACAUCCCUCUCCAGCGUUCCACCGCGACAAUGGGCGUGGUCGUGAUCGACGGCACCACCGUGCGCGACUUCGUGCGGGACGAGGCGGCGUUCGCCAAGAGCGUGGACGAGCAGUUCGCGGCGCUCGACCUCAACAACGACGGCGUCCUCUCGCGGUCGGAGCUCCGCACGGCGUUCCAGUCCAUGCGCCUCAUCGAGUCGCACUUCGGCAUCGACGUGGCCACGCCGCCGGAGCAGCUGGCCGCGCUCUACGACUCCAUCUUCCAGAAGUUCGACGGCGACCGGAGCGGCGCCGUGGACCGCGGCGAGUUCCGGGAGGAGAUGAAGAAGAUCAUGCUGGCCAUCGCCGACGGCUUGGGGUCCUUCCCCAUCCAGAUGGUCCUCGAAGACGACCCCCACAGUCUCUUGCAGAAGGCCGCGGAUCUAGAAGCUUCCAAGUCUUGAAAACGCUAAACGCCGCCGUUUGACCUUCGGUACCUCCCCUUUACCGGAGUAUUCGAUCGGAGCUGUCGUUCGGCCCCCAGAACACGAGAAGAUUACUAGUGUACCCUUCGGCAGGUACAAUAUAUAUUAGAGAGGGUAAAACAUUUUGUAUAUCUAUAGUUAAACAAAUGAUUAUAAUUUUUUGUGUUUAAUAGUUAUACUGAUGGUUGUAAUAUUUUUUAUACAUGUUUUCUUUAUUUUAA